AUGGGUCUUUUAAACGCCCAAGACAAGGAGAAGAUCAAACGAGCACUACCCAAAAGCUCCAAUAAAAUCGUGGAUGUCACGGUGGCCCGACUGUACGUGGCAUAUCCAAACCCUCAAGAAUGGCAGUUCACUGGUCUAUCAGGAGCUGUCGCUCUAGUUGACGACAUUGUGGGACAUACGUUUUUCCUGAAACUUGUGGAUAUUCAAGGCCAUCGAGGCGUUUUGUGGGAUCAGGAACUGUGCGUGGGCUUUGAAUAUCACCAGGAUCGGACUUUUUUCCAUACUUUUGAGCUUGAAGAAUGCAUGGCAGGGCUACUGUUCGAAGAUUUGGACGAAGCAGCACACUUACUCAAAAGAGUGCAGAAACGCGAGAAGUAUGCGUCCAAGAAGACAUUGGGAAACAAAAAUGCGAUUGCAUUGAGUAAAAAGCUACAAACUGAGGAGGAAUCUCAAGUGGUGCAUGGACCAAGGGGAGAAUCUCUCAUUUCCGACCAAAGACAGCGAUACAAGAUUCAGGACGGUUUCGAUGCUCCUGUGACGAAAAAGAAAGCUCCCCCUCCACCUCCACCGGCACCUGCAGCUGCAGGUGGGUUUUCACCAGUUCAUCACACCCCCGACGCCCCUCCUACCCCAAAAUUUUCGUCACCACCAGUACGAGCACCACUGGAAACUGCAACCUCAUAUGCAUCUGAGGCUCUGGAAAGUCCAGUGUCUGAUUACGACAGCUCGUCGGCUAACCCUUCGGAGUCUGCUACACCAGCGCCCCAGCCAAAGCAACCAGUUCACAAGCUUCCCCCAAUGCCUACUUUUGCCAAUGCACCCGCACCUCCUGCACCUCCUGCACCUCCUGCACCUCCUGCACCUCCUGCACCUCCUGCACCUUCUGCACCUUCUGCACCACAUUCAGCGGUACCGGCAGCUCCACAAUUCCAAGCAUUUUCAGCACCUUCAAUUCCACAACGAUCCAAUCACAAUCCUUUCCCCAUUCCCCAGAACACCACACCGAACGCUCCGUUCAAUCAGCCGGGUGGAAUGGUACCACAUCCGCCUCUGCCGCAAGUUAAUAGACCUCUGCCCGGCGUUCCUCCUCGCUCUAACGGACCUCCUGCUCCACCACCAAGGAAAGGGCCUGGGCCGCCACCGCCACCGCGGAGAGUCACCUCCAAUCCAACGGGUUAUCCGGCACAUGUACCUAUUCAGCCGUCGCAAACCGGUUAUCCUAUACAAGCUCCUAUCCAACCAACACAAACCGGUUCUGCGCAGGGUCGCCGUCCAGGUCCACCUCCACCUCCGAGACGUGGAGCAGCCCCUCCACCACCAUCCAGAGCGGCUCGUGUAUCAUCAGCGCCGCCACCGCCUCAACGCAAUGCUCCAGUUUCAUCUCCACCGCCUAUGCAUACAUUUCCACAACAAUCUUCUACUCCACUUUCACAUCCGUCUCGGGCUCCAAUGCCACAACCAGUUUCACAACCUAAUAGCCAGCAGUUCAUGCCACCACCACCUCCACUCCCCCCUACGUCUCAACCUUUUGCAACACAGCAAUCUGGUCUGGCUCCUCCACCACCACCUCCUCCUCCUCUUUCUUCUUCGGCAUUUCCAUCAAACAAUGCGGCCGCAAAUGCCAUUCCACCGCCGCCCCCACCCAUGCCUUCCAGAGAAGCACAGCCAGCUGCUGGUGCUCCUCCACCCCCUCCCGCUUUCCUAGCCAAUCCUCAACAGGCUCAACCCGCAGGGGUUGCAGGGGAAAAUGCCGGGGAUGCCGGACGUGAUGCCUUGUUGGCAUCUAUCAGAGGUGCCGGGGGUAUUGGGGCAUUGAAGAAGACAGAUAAAUCGCAACUUGACAAGCCUAGUGUCGUUUUGCAAGAAGCGCGAGGAGAAAACACAAGUCAACCUUCCGGGUCUGCGAGCAACUCCCAGAGUAAUGGAGGAGGCGGACCACCUUCUCUUGCGGAUGCCCUAGCUGCUGCGCUUAACCAGCGGAAAAGUAAAGUGGCCCACGACGAUGCAGAUUACGAUAAUGGUGAUGAUUGGUGA